GGGCCGGGAGCGUGCGCGCGCACCUUACACUCCGCCGCCCGGGGACGCCCACUGGCGAGUCGGGGCCGGUAGGCCGGCCCGGGCCCCGUCGCCCCCGCCCUCCGGUUCCUCUCCGGCGUGAGCCCAACGGGUGUCGGCCCAGCAGCUGCUGCGCUCACCAGGCCUGGGGAGGCAGGGUACCGGGACCGGGCCGCAGCCCCGCGCGGCGUGGGUGCGCUGCCUCUUCGGCAGCCGCCGCCAGAGCGAGCAGCUGCGAGCCACCGGAGGCGGCGCGAAAGAGGCCCCCGCGGCCGGGCAGGAAGGAGACGCGGACGACCUCUGCCUGCCCGAGGCGCGGCUGCUCCCGCGCGCCCCGGGCCUCCUGCCGCUCCAGGGCUGAGUGAGGAAUGAGCCAGCGCCUGCCCUGGGCUCUCGGAGCGUGGGCCGCGGCUCGGCUUCUUAGGCGCGGGGGCUCGGCCACUGCGGCCGACGGCCUAGCUCGGAGAGCACGCGCCGAGGUUCACUGAACCGGCCGCGGAGAGGAGGAGGAGGAGGAGGUGGCGGAGGAGGAGCUCGGCGGGGGCGGCCGCCGCGCUUCCCCUCCCCCGGUACACGCCAGGGCUUCUCAGUGGCCGCUGGAGCAGGAAGUUCCGCUCCCUGACAGACUCGUGCGGUAGCAACAGCGGCGGCGGCCGCGGCGGCUGGCUGGGCUCAGGUAUUUCGGACGCGAUUGCCCUUCGCGCCACCCGUCGAGUGGGCAGCCUCAGAACUCAGCCGGGCGCCGGGCUCCUGCCAGGCAGCGCCGGGAAGCGCGGGCGGCCGAGAACUCCUUCCUGCUACUUCGCCCAGCGCCCCUGCUUCGGCUUCCCAGCGAGGUGGGAGACCUUCCUCCCUGUUUGCAGACGUCCGUGGGAGACCCUUAUAUUUUUCACCGCUAAGGUUAAGAGAUUCUGAAAUAGAAGCGUCGGAGGAGAUCAAGUGAACCUUCUACAACUCCUCGGAUGUCGCCACGCUCCCUUUCGGGGCGGAAGACUACGUUUGAGCAUCUCACCGAGGUGCAGGAAUGGAAGAACCCACCUUGCAGCUUUUCUGCAGUGUGGCUUGCCUGAUCUACCCCUGGGAAUGAAGAGGAGGCUUGUAAUAACCCAGUGCAGUACAGAUGUUAAAGAGGAUAUCGCAGAACCUAAACUUGUGAUCGUUUGGAGGAGGUCACACACGUUUCUGAGUGGAAAUGGACGGGCGUGAACGACGUGCCCUCUUAAAAAGCACAACAAUCCUUUAAGAGGAGCGAAAUUGAGUUUUCCCAUUUCGGCCAAGAUUUUGAAGACAGUUCAAUGUAUUGUACAUUUGACAUAAGAUGAGAACUUUCUAAAGUAUUCUCUCCGAGAGCGUAAACGAUGACUACCCCAGCCCUGCUGCCCCUCUCUGGACGUAGGAUACCACCUCUGAACCUGGGGCCGCCCUCCUUCCCACAUCACAGGGCUACCUUGAGACUUUCUGAGAAGUUUAUUCUUCUCCUUAUUCUUAGUGCCUUCAUCACCCUGUGUUUUGGGGCAUUCUUUUUCCUUCCAGACUCUUCAAAACACAAACGCUUUGAUUUGGGUUUAGAAGAUGUGUUAAUUCCACAUGUAGAUGCCGGUAAAGGGGCUAAAAACCCUGGAGUCUUCCUGAUCCAUGGACCCGAUGAACAUAGACACAGAAUGCAGUUGCUCAUCAAACUUCACUCGCACAAAUACUCCAAGAGUUGCUCUUCUGACAAAAUGUAGCUAAAAAGGGAAGAAGAAGAACGUCUGAGAAAUAAAAUUCGAGCUGAUCAUGAGAAGGCCUUGGAAGAAGCAAAAGAAAAAUUAAGAAAGUCAAGAGAGGAAAUUCGAGCAGAAAUUCAGACAGAGAAAAAUAAGGUAGUCCAAGAAAUGAAGAUAAAAGAGAACAAGCCACUGCCACCAGUCCCUAUUCCCAACCUUGUAGGAAUAAGUGGUGGAGACCCAGAAGAUAAUGACAUAAGAGAGAAAAGGGAAAAAAUUAAAGAGAUGAUGAAACAUGCUUGGGAUAACUAUAGGACAUAUGGGUGGGGACAUAAUGAACUCAGACCUAUUGCAAGGAAAGGACACUCCCCUAACAUAUUUGGAAGUUCACAAAUGGGUGCUACCAUAGUAGAUGCUUUGGAUACCCUUUAUAUCAUGGGACUUCAUGCUGAAUUCCUAGAUGGGCAAAGAUGGAUUGAAGACAACCUUGAUUUCAGUGUGAAUUCAGAGGUGUCUGUGUUUGAAGUCAACAUUCGAUUUAUUGGAGGCCUACUUGCAGCAUAUUACCUAUCAGGAGAGGAGAUAUUCAAGAUUAAAGCAGUGCAAUUGGCUGAGAAACUCCUUCCUGCCUUUAACACACCUACUGGGAUUCCUUGGGCAAUGGUGAAUUUGAAAAGUGGAGUAGGGCGAAACUGGGGCUGGGCAUCUGCAGGUAGCAGCAUUCUGGCUGAAUUUGGUACACUACAUAUGGAGUUCAUCCACCUCAGCUACUUGACAGGGGACCUGAUUUACUACAAAAAGGUUAUGCACAUUCGGAAACUACUUCAGAAAAUGGAUCGUCCAAAUGGUCUUUAUCCAAAUUAUUUGAACCCCAGGACAGGGCGCUGGGGUCAGUACCAUACAUCUGUCGGCGGUCUGGGAGACAGUUUUUAUGAAUACUUACUGAAAGCAUGGUUGAUGUCAGAUAAAACAGACCAUGAGGCAAGAAAGAUGUAUGAUGAUGCUAUUGAGGCUAUAGAAAAACAUCUUAUUAAGAAAUCUCGUGGAGGUCUUGUCUUUAUUGGAGAAUGGAAGAAUGGGCACUUGGAAAAAAAGAUGGGGCAUUUGGCCUGCUUUGCUGGGGGAAUGUUUGCACUGGGAGCGGAUGGUUCCAGAACAGAUAAAGCUGGUCAUUAUUUAGAACUGGGGGCAGAAAUUGCACGUACUUGUCAUGAGUCAUAUGACAGAACUGCAUUAAAGCUAGGUCCUGAAUCAUUCAAGUUUGAUGGUGCAGUGGAGGCUGUGGCUGUCCGGCAGGCUGAAAAGUAUUAUAUACUCCGUCCAGAAGUAAUUGAAACCUAUUGGUACCUAUGGCGAUUCACUCAUGAUCCAAGAUACAGGCAAUGGGGCUGGGAAGCAGCACUGGCCAUUGAAAAGUAUUGCCGAGUUACUGGUGGAUUUUCUGGAGUUAAAGAUGUAUAUUCCUCUACUCCUACACAUGAUGAUGUACAGCAGAGCUUUUUUCUUGCUGAAACAUUAAAAUAUUUGUAUCUGCUGUUCUCCGGUGAUGACCUUUUACCUUUAGACCACUGGGUGUUUAAUACAGAGGCUCACCCUCUGCCUGUGUUACAUUUAGCCAACACCACACUUUCAGGUAAUCCUGCUGUCCGAUGAAAGCAGUUCCAGAAGGACCAUUCUCACCUGUGUUUUGUUUACAUGGACCACUACAGAAAUUAGUUUGGAGAGGCGGCUUUUGAAAACCUGGACCUCUAUGUCAACAUGACGGGGUGAAACUAUUCCCCCUAAGACUUUUCAACUUGUAGAUACGUCAACUUUGAAAUUAUUCCAUUUUAUACCUGACCAAAACAUGUUCUGGUAUAUGUAGGACAGAGACCUGGAUGUGCUUUGAUCGUUAAUGAGGUGGUCACAUGAGAAAUGUUGCCUGUUUCUACUGUAUUGUUUUUAGAGUCCUGAAGUCUGGAGGCUAGACUUCCUGAAAGCAAGCCAAGAAUAUAGAGCACCUUGCAGGAGUUCAAGAUGGCCUUUGGAACCAAUUAUAUAUUUGUUUCCUCCUACAGUGGAGCAGCAUUCAAAUCAAAUAUUUACAUAUUGCUUAUCACUUUUUCUCCAUUUUAAUAAUGGAAUGAACUAAAAUAAACAAGAAUGAAAGAAUAGUAUAAUUGUAUCAGUAACAAGAAGACUCAGAAAAGAAAUAGGAGUACCUAACCCUAUCUGAAUUUUCAAGUUCCCCAUUGGAUGACCAGACUGGCAACCAUUUCAAAUCCCAAUCUAUUUCAUUGAAAUUUCUUGGUUAAGUUUAAUUUUCUCUGGGGCCAUGAUCUCACAAAGAAUACUCAAAUCUUUUUCUUCAUAUGGAAUCAUCGAAACUGCUGUUUAUCAUAAUCACCACUUAUGAGCCUGGGUUUGGGAUUUUUUGCUUGUAGUUCAGUCUACAGUUAGUAGCGUGACAGAAAGUGGGAAGAUGCCGCAGUUUGUUGCCUUGAAACCUAUUCUAAGAGCAAUCCUUGGUUUUGUUGGUACUUUAUUUUUCCAGACCAACACAUCUACCAAGUAAAUUUUAUUCACUUUAAUUUCAUAAUAAAGUUAGUAGAGUCACUCAACUUACAACUUUUUUUAUGUGGCUUGGCAAAAUUCACUAUACUAUUAGGCAGCUCUAAAUUUGCCUUGAUAAGCUAAAUAAGUUACUUUUAUAACUUAUUAAAGCAAAACAAACCCAGUGAAACUUUCUUAAAUAUUCUAUCUGGAAUAGGGAUAGGGGAUCUUUUAUUUAUAAUCUCAUCAGAUGAGUGAGUUGUUCACAGAUAUUUUAUGUAUUUUAAUUUUCUCCAAGAAUAUUAUAGAAUUCCAAAGAAUCAGAAUAGUUUCAGAACAAUUUUCAGUGUUAAAAGAGUGGUGGUAUUACACUAAAAUUGGAACACGUCUAAGGGACUUUUAUCUUAUCAGUAGGUUUUGCAUUGAUACUUCUUUUUAAAUAAACUACUAGUUCUUUAUAUUUCGGCAAAAAGAACUUAAAUUUUAUCAGGAACUAUAAGAUAAAUAUCUAGUGCUUAACAAAUUUUCUGUCCUUAAGUUUAUGUGACAGUGCAAGAUACUUUUUUGCUCUUUUCAUUUAAUAUAGACAUCUUCCAUUGACAUUAAUAAAAGUUAGAAACAGUUUAGCAUAAUAUUUACUCUGAAUUUGAAGAUUUCAUGAAACAAAGUUCAUACAAGAAGCCCACCUUGGAAUUCUGAAGGCUUAUUUUCUUGUUUGAUAGCUUUUCUUUUUAACUUAGCUUUUAAGUUGGGAAAAGACUUGAUUAAUUAAUAUAAUAUUUUCUAAGGUUGAUCAUCUUACACCACAAAUCAUUAAUUUUGACAGUUCUGCUGAUGAUCCGUAAAUGAUAACCACUGCAAAAGUUUUCAGUAUACAUAGAAAAUAAAGAUGCAGGGCCAGUUACAAUAGUCCUUAAGAGAGUUAAAUUAUAGCACAUGUUUUGACAUUGUAAUAUCUUUUACUACUUGAACAUUUAAAUUUCUAAAUGAGAAAGUUAUAUAUACUACUGUAACUGUAGAAGGGAAAAGGGAAAGUAUUUGGUUCUAAAAAAAUUAGCCUUCCUCAUAAAAGUAGCACAAGCCCACUUAUGAAUCACUGAGAAAAAGUGAAAAACCUGAGUUGGCCAAGACCCAGAGAGGCAGUGCAGAUGGCAAUGAACUCUCUGAAUUCUCUUUCACCUUGUUGAGAAGAAUGCAGCGUAAAGGGACCUUCUUGGUUCCGCAGGAACUUCUCAAGGAAUGAGGAGACAGAACCCCUACUCCCAAGUGCUCUAUUUGUAUUACCCAGAUGACUGAAGCUUAAGAGAAGGCAGGGAAGUAUGCAAGCAGAGCUAGUUCUGGUACAAACAAAGAAUUUGACAGGGACAAUGGAAGGGUCUUCUUUACCACUCCCUACCUUCUGUGUGAUGGAAAGACUAGAGCUUAUAAAAUUACUUCCAUUUUUUUUAAUCUCCUGAAUACCAAAGGCAAUUAAAGUCAGCUACAAAUGACUUGCCAGUGUCAUGUUUUAUUUUUGUUAUAGAUUUUUAAAUUAUUUCCUUCAGGAUCAAUUCUUAUCCCAUAUAAUGCUUAGCUUCCAAGAAUGUUCUUUCCUUUCUUCUGUCUUUUACAGCUCUUUGCAUUUUUUAGACCUUAAUACUCAGGUUAAAUAUUCAUUGCAUUUAUAAGACCUUCUGCAAAAAGCCCAGAAAUGGUCCUUUCCAGGUGCCUCUUCAAAGAGCUGAUACUUUACCUUGUGCCUUUGGCACAAAUGUGCAGAAUAGAUAGAUCAGUUGGUGCAUAAUAGAAAAAACAGGAAUUUUGAACACUCUUCUUCCUUCUACAUUUAUUUCUCUUCAUUUUAGAAUCACACUUUUUAUGUUAAACCAGAUUUAUUAUUAUUAUUAUUAUUAUUCAACCAGUAUUAAGUUGUUAAAACCAAGAGAAUGGGGCCCUAACCAAAAAGAAGUCUCAACUCGAAAAAUAAGUCCCCAGUCAGGUGGUUCUUACUUUCUUGUGGGUUGCAUAUUUUAUGUCUCUCUAACAUCAACGUAUUCCUGACUUUCAAGCAGAUGUUUAUAUGUAAAAUGAAACCUGGGUAUUGAAAGGAAAUGCGUUCUUUUUAUGGAGUAUUGACCCUGAUCCUCUAUGAUGUCAUAUAGGGCAACUCAGGGCUAUACUUGCUAGAUUUUAACCAAGCAGUUUGAAAUCUUAAUCAUCAUCCUCUCAUCUUCUCUGCUCUCCAUUGCCAAAGUCUUUGUCAAAACUCCAAAUUUGUUGAUAAAAGAUUGUGUUUGCCUUUCUCAUUAUAAUGCAGUUUCUCCUUAAGCCUGGAGUUUUUUUAAUGAGUGCAUGAGUAAAUGAGAGAAUGCGUGAACGAACAUUUAUGAAGUAUCUAAUAUGUGCCAAGCAUUGUGCCUGGCACUUUCAAUCAUUAGAAUGUUUUAUGUGAUUCCACAGCAUUUUCUGUAUGAGAGUAGCUCACAACAUUUUAAACGUUUCCAAUAUGAAUCGUGUUACAAAAUUCUUAAUUUUAUAUUUCAUAUAAAGAGGAAAAAGAAAAGGUUUAUAAUAUAUUUUAAAACAAUGUGUUAUUAUAUAAUACUAACAACUAUAAUUGUAGUUAAUAAGUAAAAUCUCUUGAAAAUGUCAAAGAAAUACUUGAUUUCUGAUGCAACUUUGACUAAAAUAUUUACUUUAGAAAUAAAAACAUUCUUAUUUUGCUAUAUCACUUUAAUUGCAUACAUAAUUAAAAAGCAGUGUUUUAUAGAAAUGCUGGUUAUUUCAUAUUCAAAAAGAUUUUGUCACAUAAUUCAUGGGUAAAAUUUGCAAUUGUAAAUUGUCUUUCCUCUGGUAUGGGCCCUAUUAAUAGUCCCAUGCUGUUAAAUAUAAAGAAAAAUAUACUAAAAUAUUCAGAGUUCCAAAUAACAGUUCCUAGUAGUAAUAUUUUGAGUUAUUUUUCUUUAGGUUUCCUUAUACUCAAAUUGGCUAGCUCCUAUGUUUUCCUUUCUCUCUCUAUUAUAUAUAUGAUCAAGAUCUGUAUAUGUAUAUAAAUACAAUUAUACACAGAUAAAUUUUUAAUACUUUUUGUUAAUUAACAGUUGGAAACUGGUUUUGGCUGCACUAAUAAGCAGAAUUUAGAGUAACUAUAUAUGAUACGGAGAUAUUUUAAUCCAUUUAUUCUGGCUCAAGAACACGAAUAAAGAUGAUUUUCUGUUACUUUAGCUCAUUCAGAGCAUGAUGGACAUGCUCUUUUUGAUCUAUAACUGGUCAGCAAGCUUCCAGAUAAUAUUUUAGGCUAUGGGAGCUAUACAGUCUCUCUUAUUACUCAUUUCUGCUGUUGAAUUGUUGAAAACAGGUAUAGAUACCAUGUAAAGAAUGGGCGUAGCUAUGUUCCAGGAAAACUUCAUUUACAAAAGCAGAGGGAGGGCUGGAUUUGGUCCAUGGGUCAUAGUUAGUGACUCCGAUCCCAAGUUUAUUUUGUGUUAGACCUUCUAACCUUUGAUCUGCGUCUUUUCUCUCUGUUUUGAUUUAUGUAAUUCAUUUUUAAAUCAAAAUGAUGUGCGUAUGUAUGACUGUGUGUACCUGUAUAACCUAAAGCUAUUUAUUUUGUUAUCUUGAAAGUAGAUACACUCUUCCUGGAGUCUGUUCAGGUUUCAGGACGAUUGACUAUAAUGAAAGAGGCAGAAUGGGAGUAAGGGAAGAUGGGUAUGCUAUCCGCCAUUAUCUUUGCCUUGACAUUUAAUGCCAUAAUUUCAGAUUCUCUAUGUAAAAUGAAGGUCUGUGUAUUGUCAAAAUACUAUAUUCUCCAAGUUCUCAUGCUCAUUGACCCUCAUUGACCAGGAUUCUGGAUUGCUGGAGCUGCAGAAAUUCAUCCACUUGGGUACUCUUAGAGCUCUACAACAAGAAUAUGAUAGAAUAUUUGAUCUUUGUGCUGCAGAAAGCAAACUUUUGAAGAAUUCUAAGCAACAGAAAAUGGGUUAUGUGACUCAUUUGCUAUUUGGCAGCCACUAUUCCUUUUUUAGACUGCAGAACGGUACUGCCCCUGUUACCUCUAGAAUAGCCUGAGUCUGAGGAGUGCAGAGAAAAGGUGUAUCCAAAAGGAGAAUCCGUUUCUCUUGCGUAACUCUCCUCAAUUCCUUUACAAGUCAGUAGCAUUAUUUCAGAAUGUCUAUAUGCAUCAUUUUCAACUAAAACAUACCUCAUCCUUAAACUUCCACUAUUUAACAGCUAAUCCAUUUCAAACUUGGUUUGAGCCUAACAAUUGCAGAAAUCAUAAAAUGCUUGUGAAAUUACACACCAUAUUACUAGCAGAUACAUUGCAGUGCAGCAAUCAUGCUAACAGAUAAUAGAUUUUUCUUUAAGAAGUUUGUCAAAUAUUUCACUAUCUUGGGAAAUUUUAGAGGAGGGGAAGCCUGUAUUCAAAAUGAUAGAGGGAGCAGAGACUUACUGUCUGUCUUCCACAUUAUAAAUGAACUGCCUUUCCAGGUCCAACAUGCUAUCAGGCUGCUUCAGCUCGGUGUGAAUGUAAGUGUGGGGACUCACACACACACACCCAUACACAUACAUACUAAUAUGCAGAGGAUUUUAAACAAUUGCAAAUAUCUUGUGGCUAUUUGAUUUCUACAAAAUUCUACUGUAAGAUGUAUACCAGAAAACAUAAUAAAGAUAAGCUCAGUUCUUCAUUGGGAAAAAAAUAUUUUUUAAAGAAAAUUUAGAAGUUUUUGCUGAAUUAAAUAAAAUAUCUUCAAUUUUAAUUACUGCAUUUGGAAGUUGAAAUGCCAUCCUUCAAUAUCACUGGUCUCAAAUUCAUUGACAGAAUUUUUUCUUAAACUAAUAAGUGGGGUAAGUAUAAUCUCCUAAAUUGGUACCCACUGGCUGCUCCUGAACUGAUUUCCAGUCAUGUCCUCUAGUAUGUGGUUUUUAUAAAUUAAAGGUAAUAUUGUAUAUUAAAGUUCAAAUAAAGAUGUUCUUUAAGUGAAAA